AUGCAGAUGACCGACAAGGAUGCCCCCCUGCGUUUUCGGCAGUUCUUACUGUUCACGGGUGAGGUCAUCCUCACAGUCAUCCUUGUAGUUGCGAGCUGGAUCGUCAACCGUCCUCUCGGGGGUCACCACCUGAAGAUCCGCCGCAUCUCAAUCAGGCGGCUCUCCCUGCACGACGUCCACUACACCGGCGCCCUCUACGACGAGAAGUACACCUACACUUUCACAGCGCCAUGUAUCUCUGCUCGCCUCCACAUCCCGACGCCCUCCUAUCCCUGCUGGCUCGCCUUGACCGCACACGAGGUCUUCUACAAGUCCACCACAUGCGAUGCCUCCACCACCCGGCUGGACGCGACCUGCUGGCUCUUCCCGUACCUCUUCAAACGCACCGCAGGGCCCUGGGUCAGCGCCGAUGUGGACGGCCUCCGGAUUCGUGUGCACAGCAGCAACACCACUCCGUUCUGGAUCGGACGUCUGAGGCAGAACCUCGCGGGUGCGCUGGUGAACGGCGACAUAUACCGCCUCGACGACGUUAAGGCGACGGUGCGCUUCGCGGGCUUGUCGGAGCCGGGACAGCUGGACGGACAUGCACACUCGGAGCUGGACCAUGCCGAAAGCUCUGACGGCGAAGAAGAGCAGUACGACAGUGACUCAUGUCACGGCGACUCGAGCGACGAGUACGAAGACUGCGAGGCCGACGGGAGCAGCCCCGUGGACCACGUUGACCCUCCGCCGCCCUUCCUGAACCGGGAGACAGACGAGCUCCGCACGACGGUCUCUGCAUGUCAGCUACAUCUGCACAACCCGGACGGGCGCAUAUAUUCAUUCCGAACCAUCGACGCGCAGCUCCGGCGGGACUGGGACACCGACCGAGGGAGCUUCGUACUGAUUGCGGAGGACAGUCGCUGGAUUCGCGUGCAUCGGCCGUACCAGAGAGAGUGGACGCCAUGGUGGACACAAAUCUUCACGUCAAUCGUGCAGUUCCCCUUCGACUUGCUGCGUACCGUCGACUAUCCCAUGAGUACUGUCGAUUUGUACGUGAGCCGCGCGGACGUCGUGUUCGAUGAGUUCCGGCGUCGCUUCGACGUGUUGACGGUGUUCCUUCAGAUCCGUGACGCAGAACUCGUCAAACAAGGCUUCACUUCCCUCCGCGAAAAGACAGCCCUAUUUGGGAUCAAUUGGGGCGAUGCUAUCCUCGAUGCCUUCGUUAAGACGGUUGUCGCACCAUGA